AGACGCUUCUCCGGUUCUCCUCAGUUUCACUUCAUGUUUUCUCCCUGAUUCUGUGGAGCAGGACAGUUUUCUAACGUCUUCCUACGACAACAAAAGGACGACGGACAUCUACACAGAAAAUGGCCCUCCAGUGGCUGAGCUGCAGUACUGCAUGGCUGCUCCUCCUGGUCUGCAUCCUCCCUGUUGACAUGCAGUCCUGCAGCGGAGCGACCCCUGGGAUUCCUGGAAUACCUGGAUCUCAUGGUCCCAACGGCAAGGACGGUCCCAAGGGCGAAAAGGGAGAUCCAGGUGAAUCAGGUCAAGCUAACAGGGGUCACAAAGGCAUGGCAGGUCUGCGGGGCCCACCGGGACGGCCUGGUAUGAAGGGGGACGUAGGUCAGCCUGGCGCUGCUGGGUAUGCAGGCCAGAAAGGGGAAAAGGGAAAACCCUUCAACCCCUCCAACAAGCAGAAAUCCUUCUUCUCCUACCAACGGGCCCCUUCAAAUAUCGCAGAGUUUAACACAGCUGUUAACUUCAACAGGUGA